AGAGCGGACCAUGGUGUGAACGGCUAUAUGAGCAGGUCUUAAGGAACUGUGGGAGGAGCCAAGUGGAGAUAAAGAGUAUUAGACAAGGCCAUUAGGACUCAGUGGAUUAUAGUAAUCCAGUGGAUUCACCAUCGGGAUUUUGCACAACUCAAAUGCAAGACAAGAUGGAAUACGGAGCUGUGAAAGUUUUCUUCCUCACCUUAUUGCUGAUCAAUGAAGUUCCUAUACGAGCUCAUUCUCAGCAGGGAAUCGAAGACAAUGAAAGCUGGACAACGAAAGCUUGCAAAUGUGACUGCGAUGCAGACGAGUCCGCCACUGAGAUGACUUCCACCAUAUCCGGCUCAAGCUGGAUCCAAGAAAUGCACUGCAUGCCAGAAUGCCCAUAUCACAGACCCCUGGGCUUUGAGGCUGGAUCAGUCACUCCUGACCAAAUCAGCUGCUCUAAUCAAGAUCAAUACACGGGUUGGUUCUCCUCAUGGAUCCCCAACAAGGCCAGACUUAACAACCAGGGUUUUGGGUGUGCUUGGUUGUCUAAGUACCAGGACAUCAACCAGUGGCUGCAGAUCGACCUGAAGGAGGUGAAAGUGGUGUCUGGCAUUCUUACCCAAGGACGCUGUGAUGCAGAUGAGUGGAUCACCAAGUACAGCGUGCAGUACCGCACCAAUGAGAACCUCAACUGGAUCUACUACAAAGAUCAGACAGGAAACAACAGGGUGUUUUACGGUAAUUCUGAUCGCUCCUCCUCGGUCCAGAACCUGCUGCGUCCUCCCAUUGUGGCGCGCUACAUCCGCCUCAUCCCUCUGGGCUGGCACACGCGUAUCGCUAUCCGCAUGGAGCUUCUGCUCUGCAUGAAGAAAUGCACCUAGUGUGACACACUACGCCUUUUUUUUUUUCCACUUGCACCACCACAAGUGGCACUCUGGCUCUUUAGUCUAUUUCAUGUCUUUAGAUGUGUGUUAAACCUACAGCAUCCUCAUCUUUCUUAGAGACAUAGCCUAGUACUUUGCAUUCUGCUUAUUAUUCAUUAAAAAAAAAACUGUUUACCUUUGGCAAGGCGUAUAGUAAGAGGGCAUUAGAAAUAAUCUCAAGCUACAGCAAGCUGGAUGUAAUCUAAUGAGAAACAGUGGAGGGAGAUAAGGAAACACUUGUGGUAUUUUCAUUACAUCUGUAUAUGUGUAUGUGUUUGUGUGUGAUUUAUCCUCUUGUUCGUGAUCUAGAGCAAGACUGUCAACCCACAGGGGGUCGAAUACCUUUGAAGGAACCUCUAUAACCUGUAAAAAAAUGAUUACAUUAAUUAUACUCAUGUAUAUAUUAGAUAGCACUAAAGAAACCACCAAACCAACAACUCAAUUAGGUUAUUUAAAUGACUAAACCAGCCAAGCAGCUUAUUUCUUGCUCACUAUUGUUAAAAGAUGUGGCCAAAAUGCAAGAUGUUUCCUAAUGUAAUGUUUAAUAUGAUCGUUUUAUCCAGACCUCUGUCCCUUAAAGGAAGACUUCACCUUGAAACACAUUAAAUACGCUUAGUGUAUAUUGAAAUAUUUGUGAUGUGCUUAGUGAUUCUGGUGCUAAUUGGAUGGUUGGUGAUGUAGUCGUAUGAUUCCCGUGAGAUGUUAGCAGUGGUGUGCCGCUCUGCCUGUGUGGAAGGCAUGAAGUAUUAGAAUAGAGAAACCCUCCAUCUCAUUUCAAAAAGCAUGGAGGCAAGUACUUGCCUAUAUUUAACUAUUCCAAUCAGCCAAUCACGUGGCAGCAGCACAAUGCAUAAAAUCAUACAGUGGCAUGGGCAUGGCAUGGUUGUUGGUACCAGAUGGGCUGGUUUGGGUAUUUCAGAAACUGCUGAUCUCCUGGGAAUUUCACACACACAACAGUCUCUAGAGUUUACCCAGAAUGGUGUGAAAAACAAAAUCAUUAAGUGUGUGACAGUUCUGUGAAUGGAAAUGCCUUGUUGUUAAGAGAGGUCAGAGGAAAAUGGCCAGAUUGGUUCAAGCUGCCAGGAAGGAUAUAGUAACUCAUAUAAUCACUCUUUACAACCAUGGUGAGCAGAAAAGUAACGAGUGCUUAUUUGAGUUACUAUAGACUUCCUGUCAGCUCGAACCAGUCUGGUCAUUCUGCUCUGAUCUCUCUCAUCCACAAGGUGUUAACGCCACAGAGAUCACACUUUUUCUUCAUUCUGGUGUUUGAUGUAAACAUUACCUGAAGCUCUUGACCUGUAUCUGCAUGAUCUUAUGCAUUGUUCUUCUGCCACAUGAUUGGCUGAUUGGAUAACUGCAUAAAUGAGCAGGUGUUCCUAUUAAAUUGACCGGUGAAUGCAUCUUCUCAGUACUUUUUCCACCCCUGAGGUUGUCUCCAUGACACCCUGGUAACAGGGAGUGGGAAUAACGACAGAGGAAGACUCUGUCUUAGAGAGCAAUGCUUUAUUAUAUUAUUAUAUAAAAGCUUUCAGCUUUUUAGCUUGAUUCCACAUGAAUGAAAAAUGUCUUUAUAUAACUUCAUAUAAAGUCAACACAAACAGCAGGACGCUUUUGUAGCUCUACUUCCAGCUCCAAGAAAUGAGGUUCUCUCUCACUGCAACACACCAAGCACCAGAGGUAACCUUCUUCUUCUCCAUGACUCCUCCCCUGCUUCACAACUACAGGAUUAAGGGGGAAAAUAUUGUUGUAAAGAUGUUCUUUUGUGUUCCACUGUGCAAUGGCUGUCUUUUUUUAUAGAUUAUUUAGACAUGUUUAAUUGUGGUCACGUGACGAACAAAACCCUUGAAUAAAGCAAAAAGCCUUCUAUUGGAAUACA